AUGUAUGAGCGGUCGAGCAUUGAAAAAUGGCUAGCUACUGGUAACCUAAUAUGUCCUGUCACAAUGCUGAAGGUCCACGAUGAUUCCAUUGUUUCGAAUCACACUCUUUGCCAUUUGAUCAACAAGUGGCUUAAAUCAGAAUUCAACGUUGAUUCAAUUAGACUUCUUCAAGUUACUUUUGGAACCAGUCCUCAAAAAUGCAGAGAUUUCCAAGAAAAGUUGAGGGUUGUGGAAAUGCAGGGGAGGCUUGACUUGUAUAUUCAUGAUUACAUGGCAAGAAAUAACAUGCACGCAAGUGCUGAAAAUUUCGCUAGAGAGGCUGGAGUUGCUCUCAAUGAUGUUGAAAUCAAUCCUCCAGAAGGAUUUUUAACAGAUUGGUGGUCCUUGUUUUGGAAUAUGUAUACUAAUAGAGUUGAAGCUCCAAGGCGUCAUGAGACUCUAGAAGCGUCGUCAUCUAAGGAGACAACAAGAAAUGUCAAUCCUACAAUGUUAAGGCCAGAUUUCAGACAUGUACUGAACAUCUGUCCAGAAGUACAAAGGUCGGAUCCUAAUAUUCUUCAAGAUGUUGGUCCGAGGACAACUCCAAGGCCAGAUAUGAUAAAUUUGCUGCACGGGAUUAGUCCUGAAAUGAACCAGAAUGCUUUGCUGAAAAGGGCUAGUCCCAGAAUGAACCAGGAUGAGUUUGGACAUUUUCCUAUUAGUCAAGGCUUCAAUAUGAACCAUGGACAACCAAUGCCAAAUUUUGUAUCUGGAAAAGUGUGCAAGCAAGAGUUUCCCAGGCUUCCUGCCUUGAACUCGAUGUCCAACUCACAACUUCCUAAUAUUGCUCAAUUAGCUCAAAUGCUACCCUCUUCAAGCAAUUUCAGCCCACUCCAGCAACAGAUUUCAAAGAAGCAUCAACUGGAGGUUAAUAGAGUUGAUGGAGCUGGUGCAAGCGCCAAGAAAUAUAUAAUUAUAGAGCCAAGUAAUGGAACGCCAGAACCGAAAGUAGAACAUUCUGAUAUUGGUUUGUCUAUAUUCUGGUUUGAUAUCAUUGGAAAUGUGCAAGGCAUUCAUUUUUAUGGUACAGAAGAUCAUGCACUUCUACAUAAUUUGUGGUAUGAGAGUAAGGAUUCGGUUAGCUUGAUGGCUAAUAAUAGAGUAGAUGGCACUCUUCCCAAUAAUGAUAACCGCAGUGCAGAAGCUAGUCAACGUCACGCUUUUGACGAUGCCUUCAAUACCAUGGUUACUUUCUUAUGGAGUCCUUGUCGAAGAACUUCAAUGACGGGAAAAGAUGACACAGUUGUCAUAACAGAUGAUGCAUUGAUACAACAAAAUGCCACUCUGAUGAUCGAACAAGAAUCAGAGUUGGAUACGUUGGAUAGCCUUGUCACAAGCCUUGUGCUUCCAAUCAAAGGAUUUGACGAUGAACCAUAUGGAAUACCUCCAAGAGCAUGGUGGCUAGAGAAGCAGCUGCCAGGCGAGGGCAGUGCAAUCUACCGACGGGAUCUAGUGUAG